CGGGAGCGCGCUCUGAGCUCGUCACCGGAAGUUGUGCACGAGAGUUUCCGGAGCGCUAAAAUAACGGCAGAACGGAUUUUCUGUGGGACAAACGCACCGGCGUCGCUGCUAAAGCGAUGCCUCGCUCUCGGCGAUAUCCGUCGUCAGAGCGAAGCCGCAGCAGGAAUCAUCGCGUCCGGUACGACAGUCGCAGACGCCUGCGCAGACGCUCCUCAUCGUCCGGCAGCAGGAGGCGCCACAGAGACAGACGCAGGAGAGACCGCUCCAGGAGCUGCGAGGAGCGCGAGAGGAACGGCACGCUCACUGACAGCUUCUUCAGACAUGACUUCUGCGCGGAUCGAGACGCCGGAGCGGAGCACAGGAACAGCCGACGCAAGCGCAGACGCCGCAGAACAAGAACACGCUCGCACAGUCAGAGCCGCUCCUUAUCAUCUCAGAGUAACGGUCGUCUGCGAGCGUGGGCCGUUAAGGAUGACGAGGAGGGUCAUCUGAUCUAUCGGACAGGAGACGUGCUGCAGGACAGAUAUGAGAUCGUGGGGACGCUCGGGGAAGGAACCUUUGGGAAAGUGGUGGAGUGUAUCGACCAUCACAGUGUGUGUGUGUGUUACAGGGGAGGCUCUCACAUCGCUCUGAAGAUCAUCAAGAAUGUGGAGAAAUACAAAGAAGCAGCUCGCCUGGAGAUCAACGUCCUGGAGAAAAUCAACCAGAAAGAUCCAGAAAACAAGAAUCUGUGUGUGCAGAUGCUGGACUGGUUCGACUAUCACGGGCACAUGUGCAUCAGUUUUGAGCUGCUAGCUCUCAGUACCUUUGACUUUAUGAAGGAGAAUCAUUACCUGCCCUACUCCAUCAGUCAGGUGCGACACAUGGCCUACCAGAUCUGCCUCGCCGUCAAGUUUCUCCAUGACAACAGGCUGACACACACAGACCUCAAGCCAGAGAACAUCCUGUUUGUGAACUCUGAUUAUACCGUCACGUCUAACCCAGAGAAGAAGCGAGACGAGCGCUGUGUGCUGAACACGGCUGUGAGGGUGGUGGAUUUUGGAAGUGCCACGUUUGAUCACGAGCAUCACAGCACCAUCGUUUCCACCCGACACUACAGAGCGCCAGAGGUGAUUCUGGAGCUGGGCUGGAGUCAGCCGUGUGACGUCUGGAGUAUCGGCUGUAUUCUGUUUGAGUACUACCACGGAUACACACUCUUCCAGACUCAUGAUAACAGGGAGCAUCUGGCCAUGAUGGAGCGAGUACAUGGACCUGUUCCUUCCAGGAUGAUCCGGAAAACCAGGAAGCAGAAGUACUUUUACAGAGGCCGUCUGGACUGGGACGAGAGCACGUCUGCGGGACGAUACGUCCGAGAGAACUGCAGGCCUCUGAGAAGAUAUGUGUUGUGCGAGACGGAGGAGCAUCAUCUCUUCUUUGAUUUGUUGGAGGGCUUGUUGGAAUAUGAGCCGGAUCGGCGCUUGUCUCUCUCCGCUGCGCUGCGUCAUCCCUUCUUCAGUCCCGUCCGAGACGCUGAACACUUCAGUGGAGCCCGUGACAUCAGCCGGUGACCUCUGACCUCUGACCUCUCCUUUAGCCUGUGCUUCCACUCCACUAGAGUCUCAGAGCGGGAUAUCCUGGUUCUGAUCCACAUGAGCCGGUCGGUCGUUCAGUCUUAUGAAUAUGUCACGAUGAAGAGGCUGCUAACGAUUGGCUGAGGUCUCUGCUCGCUGCUGAUUGGUGGAGCUGAGCUUAGAGAGACGUGACGGCCAAUAGAAUUAAACUGACACCUUCACAAGCUUCCUGAUUGGUCAGCCCUUGUUUGACGGACAGCUUCAGGGGGCGGGACGUCUUAAGGUUGUUUUGGGAUCAUCACAGGAUUUUGCACAUGUCGUGGUUCUCAGCAGAUGAACACUUUUUCAGUAUUUAUUUUAUGACUUGAGUUGUUUUGUAUGAGAUGAAUAUCCUUGUUUCUAUAGUACAUGUGGUCUGUAAUAAAACGUGCUUCAUAUCA